UGUCCUUUCGUCCCCGUCCAGUCUGAGGACUGGCCAGAGUGCGGGCUGCUGGGGGCAAACCCUGUCGGUCCUGGGCCCUCGGAGGGAGGCGAGACCCAGCAGCCCCUGACCCCCCGCCUGGGCACCGCCCGGAGCCCACAGAGAGACAGGUUCCCGCCACCGCCGCCAUGGACCCCUCCUCCUUCAGCGGCGCGCCCCGCUUCCUCACCCGGCCCAAGGCCUUUGUAGUGUCGGUGGGCAAGGACGCCACGCUCAGCUGCCAGAUCGUGGGCAACCCGACGCCGCAGGUGAGCUGGGAGAAGGACCAGCAGCCGGUGGAGGCGGGCGCGCGCUACCGCCUGGCCCAGGACGGCGACCUGUACCGCCUCACCAUCCUGGACCUGGCGCUUGGCGACAGCGGGCAGUAUGUGUGCCGCGCGCGCAACGCCAUCGGGGAGGCCUUCGCGGCCGUGGGUCUGCAGGUGGACUCCGAGGCCGCGUGCGCGGAGCAGGCCCCGCACUUCCUGCUGCGCCCCACGUCCAUCCGCGUGCGCGAGGGCUCGGAGGCCACAUUCCGCUGCCGCGUGGGAGGCUCCCCGAAGCCAGCCGUGAGCUGGUCCAAGGACGGGCUGAGCCUGGGUGAGACCGACGGCCCCCGCGUGCGCGUGGAGGAGCAUGGCGAGGCCAGCGCACUGCGCAUCCGGGCGGCCCGGCUGCGCGACGGCGGCACCUACGAGGUGCGCGCCGAGAAUCCGCUGGGCGCUGCCAGCGCCGCUGCUGCCCUCGUGGUGGACCCCAACGCCGACACGGACAGCCCGCCAGGGACCUCCACGGCCGCGCUCCUGGCGCACCUGCAGCGGCGGCGCGAGGUCAUGCGCGCAGAGGGCGCCCCGGCCUCGCCGCCCACCAGCGGCACACGCACCUGCACGGUGACCGAGGGCAAGCACGCGCGCCUCAGCUGCUACGUGACGGGCGAGCCCAAGCCCGAGACGGUGUGGAAGAAGGACGGGCAGCUGGUGACCGAGGGCCGGCGCCACGUGGUGUACGAGGAUGAACAGGAGAACUUCGUGCUCAAGAUCCUCUUCUGCAAGCAGUCAGACCGCGGCCUCUACACCUGCACGGCGUCCAACCUCGUGGGCCAGACCUACAGCUCCGUGCUGGUCGUAGUGCGCGAGCCCGCGGUGCCCUUCAAGAAGCGGCUGCAGGACCUGGAGGUGCGGGAGAAGGAGUCGGCCACGUUCCUGUGCGAGGUGCCCCAGCCGGCCACGGAGGCCGCGUGGUUCAAGGAGGAGACGCGGCUGUGGUCGAGCGCCAAGUACGGCAUCGAGGAGGAGGGCACGGAGCGCCGGCUGACGGUGCGCAACGUCUCGGCUGACGACGACGCGGUGUACAUCUGUGAGACCCAGGAGGGCAGCCGCACGGUGGCCGAGCUCGCGGUCCAAGGUAACCUCCUCCGAAGGCUCCCUCGGAAGACCGCGGUGCGCGUGGGGGACACAGCCAUGUUCUGCGUGGAGCUGGCCGUCCCGGAGGGCCCCGUGCGCUGGCUGCGGAACCAGGAGGAGGUGGUGGCGGGUGGCCGCGUGGCCAUCACGACGGAGGGCACGCGCCACACGCUGAUCAUCUCCCAGUGCAGCCUCGAAGACAUGGGCGAGGUGGCCUUUGUGGCUGGUGACAGCCGGACAUCCACCCAGUUCUGUGUGUCAGCCCCCAGGAAGCCGCCCCUGCACCCACCUGCGGACCCCAUGGUGAAGACCAAGACGGAGAGUUCCGUGACCCUUGGCUGGUCCCCACCAGCCUACGGGGACCGCCCGGUCACCGUCGACGGCUAUCUGGUAGAGAAGAAGCGGCUUGGCACCUACACCUGGAGUCGCUGCCACGAGGCCGAGUGGGUGGCCACGCCUGAGCUGACCGUGGCUGGUGUGGCUGAGGAGGGGGACUUCCAGUUCCGGGUGUCAGCUAUCAACAGCUUUGGCCAGAGUCCCUACCUCGAGUUUCCGGGCACUGUCCACCUGGCCCCCAAGCUGGCCGUGAGGACGCCCCUGAAGGCGGUGGAGGCGGUGGAGGGUGGCGAGGUCACCUUCUCUGUGGACCUCACCGUGGCCUCAGCGGGCGAGUGGUUCCUGGACGGGCAGGCGCUGAAGGCCAGCAGCGUGUACGUGAUCCGCUGCGACCGCACCCGGCACACACUCACCAUCCGGGAGGUGCCGGCCAGCCUGCACGGCGCGCAGCUCAAGUUCGUAGCCAACGGCAUCGAGAGCAGCAUCCGGGUGGAGGUCCGAGGCCCGGCCCCAGGCGCCCCAGGGCUUCCCAGCAGCAAGCCACCAGCCGCGGCCGCCCGGGAGGUGCUGGCCCGGCUGCACGAGGAGGCGCAGCUGCUGGCGGAGCUGUCGGACCAGGCGGCGGCGGUGACCUGGCUGAAGGACGGCCGCGCGCUGCCCCCAGGCCCCAAGUACGAGGCGCAGGCGUCUGCGGGGCGCAGGGUGCUGCUGGUGCGGGACGUGGCGAAGGACGACGCCGGCCUCUACGAGUGCGUCAGCCGCGCCGGCCGCCUCGCCUACCAGCUGUCGGUGCAAGGCCUCACGCCCUUUCUGCACAAGGACACGGCGGGCGGCCGUGUGGACGCCGUGGCCGGGGGCCCGGCCCAGUUCGAGUGCGAGACCUCGGAGCCCCAUGUCCGAGUGCGCUGGUACAAGGACGGGACCGAGCUGGGUGGCUCCUGCCAGCGCUUCUCGCAGGAGGACGUGGGGACACGGCACCGGCUGGUGGCAGCUGCAGUCACCAGGCAGGAUGAGGGCACCUACUCCUGCCGUGUGGGCGAGGACUCCGUGGACUUCCGGCUCCGGGUGUCUGAGCCCGCGUUGGUGUUCGCCAAGGAGCAGCCGGAGCGCAGCGAGGUGCGGGCCGAGGCGGGGGCCGGCGCCACGCUGAGCUGCGAGGUGGCGCAGGCGCAGACGGAGGUGACGUGGUACAAGGACGGGAAGCGGCUGAGCCCCAGCUCCCGAGUGCGCGUGGAGGCGAAGGGGAGGCAGCGGCGGCUGGUGGUGGCGCAGGCGGGCGUGGCGGACGCCGGGGAGUACAGCUGCGAGGCCGGGGGCCAGAGGGUCUCCUUCCGCCUGGACGUGGCAGAGCCCGCGCUGGUGUUCGCCAAGGAGCAGCCGGAGCGCAGCGAGUGCGCGGCCGAGGCGGGCGGCGCCACGCUGAGCUGCGAGGUGGCGCAGGCGCAGACGGAGGUGACGUGGUACAAGGACGGGAAGCGGCUGAGCCCCAGCUCCGAUGCGCGUGGAGCGGAAGGGCAGCGGCGGCUGGUGGUGGCGCAGGCGGGCGUGGCGGACGCCGGGGAGUACAGCUGCGAGGCCGGGGGCCAGAGGGUCUCCUUCCGCCUGGACGUGGCAGCACCCGCGUCGGUGUUUCGCAAGGAGCAACCGGAGCGCAGCGAGGUGCGGGCCGAGGCGGGGCCGGCGCCGCUGAGCUGCGAGGUGGCGCAGGCGCAGACGGAGGUGACGUGGUACAAGGACGGAAGGCGCUUGAGCCCCAGCUCCGAGUGCGCGUGGAGCGAAGGGCGGCAGCGGCGGCUGGUGGUGGCGCAGGCGGGCGUGGCGACGCCGGAGUACACGCUGCGAGGCGGGGGCCAGAGGGUCUCCUUCCGCCUGGACGUGGCAGAGCCCGCGUUGGUGUUCGCCAAGGAGCAGCCGGAGCGCAGCGAGGUGCGGGCCGAGGCGGGGGCCGGCGCCACGCUGAGCUGCGAGGUGGCGCAGGCGCAGACGGAGGUGACGUGGUACAAGGACGGGAAGCGGCUGAGCCCCAGCUCCCGAGUGCGCGUGGAGGCGAAGGGGAGGCAGCGGCGGCUGGUGGUGGCGCAGGCGGGCGUGGCGGACGCCGGGGAGUACAGCUGCGAGGCCGGGGGCCAGAGGGUCUCCUUCCACCUGGACGUGGCAGAGCCCGCGUUGGUGUUCGCCAAGGAGCAGCCGGAGCGCAGCGAGGUGCGGGCCGAGGCGGGGGCCGGCGCCACGCUGAGCUGCGAGGUGGCGCAGGCGCAGACGGAGGUGACGUGGUACAAGGACGGGAAGCGGCUGAGCCCCAGCUCCCGAGUGCGCGUGGAGGCGAAGGGGAGGCAGCGGCGGCUGGUGGUGGCGCAGGCGGGCGUGGCGGACGCCGGGGAGUACAGCUGCGAGGCCGGGGGCCAGAGGGUCUCCUUCCGCCUGGACGUGGCAGAGCCCGCGCUGGUGUUCGCCAAGGAGCAGCCGGAGCGCAGCGAGGUGCGGGCCGAGGCGGGGGCCGGCGCCACGCUGGGCUGCGAGGUGGCCCAGGCGCAGACGGAGGUGACGUGGUACAAGGACGGGAAGCGGCUGAGCCCCAGCUCCCGAGUGCGCGUGGAGGCGAAGGGGAGGCAGCGGCGGCUGGUGGUGGCGCAGGCGGGCGUGGCGGACGCCGGGGAGUACAGCUGCGAGGCCGGGGGCCAGAGGGUCUCCUUCCGCCUGGACGUCGCAGGCCCGGCGUUGGUGUUCGCCAAGAGCAGCCAGAGCGCUAUCGAGGUGCGGGGGCCAGCAGGGGCGGACGCCACGCUGAGCGCGAGGUGCGCAGGCGCAACGGAGGUGACGUGUACAGGACGGGAAGCGCUGAGCCCCAGCUCCCAAGUGCGCGUGGAGGCAAAGGGGAGGCAGCGGCGGCUGGUGGUGGCGCAGGCGGGCGUGGCGGACGCCGGGGAGUACAGCUGCGAGGCCGGGGGCCAGAGGGUCUCCUUCCGCCUGGACGUGGCAGAGCCUGAACCUCACGUUCCAGAGAGACCCGGCCGCAGGGAGCCUCUGGUAGUCAGGGAACACGAAGACAUUGUCCUGACCGCCACGCUGGCCACACCCUCCGUGGCCUCGGUGACAUGGCUCAAGGAUGGCGUGGAGAUUCGCAGAAGCAAGCGGCACGAGGCGGCCAGCCUGGGUGAUACGCACACCCUCACUGUGCGUGGUGCCCAGGUCUCGGACAGCGCCAUCUACAGCUGCCGUGUGGGUGGCCAGGGCCAGGACUUCCCGGUGCAGGUGGAAGAGGUGGCCGCCAAGUUCUGCCGGGCCCUGGAGCCGGCGAGCGGGGAGCUGGGCGGCACCGUGAUGCUGGCCUGCGAGCUGAGCCCCGCGCAGGCGGAGGUGGUGUGGCGCUGCGGGAGCGCGCAGCUGCGGCCUGGCAAGCGCUUCCAGAUGGCGGCCGAGGGCCCCCUGCGCUCGCUCACCAUUUCCGGGCUGCGCGCCGAGGACGCGGGGGAGUACGUGUGCGAGAGCCGCGACGACAGCACCAGCGCGAGCCUCACGGUCAGCGUGCCCCGCGUGGUCAAGUUCACCUCGGGGCUGAGCCCGGUGGUGGCGGAGGAGGGCUGCGAGGCCACCUUCCAGUGCGUGGUGUCCCCCAGCGAUGCGGUGGUCACUUGGUACAGGGAGGGCGCCGCGCUGCAGCCCAGUGAGAAGUUUGUCAUCGCGCAGAGCGGCGCUGGCCACAGCCUCACCAUCUCGGGCCUGGCGCUGGAGGACUCGGGCCAGAUCACCGCAGAAGCGGAGGGCGCCUCCUCCUCCGCGGCCCUGCGGGUCCGAGAGGCGCCGGUGCUGUUCAAGAGGAAGCUGGAGCCGCAGACGGUGGAGGAGCGGAGCUCGGUGACCCUGGAAGUGGAGCUGACCAGGCCGUGGCCUGAGCUGCGGUGGACGCGGAAUGCGGUGGCCCUGGCGCGGGGCGAGAAUGUGGAGAUCCACGCCGAGGGCGCGCGGCACCGCCUGGUUCUGCACAACGUGGGGUUCGCCGACCGCGGGUUCUUCGGCUGCGAGACGCCCCACGACAAGACGCAGGCCAAGCUCACGGUGGAGAUGCGCCAGGUCCGCCUCGUGCGGGGCCUGCAGGAGGUGGCGGCGCGGGAGCAGGGCACGGCCACCAUGGAGGUGGAGCUGUCUCACGCCGACGUGGAGGGCACCUGGACGCGCGACGGCCUGCGGUUGCAGCCCGGGCCCACGUGCGUCCUCGCCGUGCGCGGCCCCACGCACACGCUCACGCUCUCGGGGCUGCGGCCUGAGGACAGCGGCCUGGUGGCCUUCAAGGCGGAGGGCGUGCAUACGUCCGCGCGGCUCGUCGUCUCCGAGCUGCCCGUGCGGUUCACCCGCCCGCUGCAGGACGUGGUGGCCACGCAGAAGGAGAAGGUGACCCUGGAGUGUGAGCUGUCGCGUCCCGUCGACGUGCGCUGGCUGAAGGACGGCACGGAGCUCCGCGCGGGCAAGACGGUGGGCGUGGCCGCCCAGGGCGCCUGCAGGAGCCUGGUCAUCUACCGCUGUGAGUUCUCGGACCAGGGCAUGUACGUGUGCGACGCGGGGGACGCCCAGAGCUCCGCCUCUGUGAAGGUGCAAGGCCGCGACGUGCGGAUCGUGAGGCCCCUGGAAGAUGUGGAAGUGGUGGAGAAGGAGGGGGCAACCUUCUCCUGUGAGGUGUCCCACGACGAGGUGCCUGUCCAGUGGUUCCGCGAGGGCAGCAAGCUGCGGCCCAGCGACAACGUGCGCAUCCGCCAGGAAGGAAGGACACACACGCUCAUCUACUGGAGGGUGCUGGCGGAGGACGCAGGAGAAAUCAAGUUUGUAGCGGAAAGCGCAGAAUCGCGAGCCCAGCUCCGAGUGAAAGAGCUGCCGGUGACCCUUCUGCGCCCACUGCGGGACAAGAUCGCCAUGGAGAGGCACCGGGGCGUGCUGGAGUGUCAGGUGUCCCGUGCCAGCGCCCAGGUGCGGUGGUUCAAGGGCAGCCGGGAGCUGCAGCCCGGGCCCAAGUACGAGAUGGUCAGCGAUGGCAUCUACCGCAAGCUGGUCAUCAGAGACGUGCAGCCCGAGGACGAGGACACCUACACCUGCGAUGCGGGGGACGUCAAGACCAGCGCCCAGUUCUUUGUGGAAGAGCAAUCCAUCACCAUCGUGCGGGGCCUGCAGGACGUGACGGUGAUGGAGCCCGCGCCUGCCUGGUUCGAGUGCGAGACCUCCAUCCCCUCCGUGCGGCCGCCCAAGUGGCUCCUGGGGAAGACGGUGCUGCAGGCCGGGCCGGACGUGGGCCUGGAGCAGGAGGGCACGGUGCACCGGCUGGCGCUGCGGCGGACCUGCUCCACCAUGACCGGGCCCGUGCACUUCACCAUCGGCAAGUCCCGCUCCUCCGCCCGCCUCGUGGUCUCAGACAUCCCUGUGGUCCUCGUGCGGCCUCUGGAGCCCAAGACGGGGCGCGAGCUGCAGUCGGUGGUCCUGUCCUGUGACUUCCGGCCGCCCCCCAAGGCCGUGCAGUGGUACAAGGACGACACGCCCCUGUCUCCCUCCGACAAAUGCAAGAUGAGCCUGCAGGGCCAGAUGGCCGAGCUGCGCGUGCUCCGGCUCACGCCCGCCGACGCCGGCGUCUACCGCUGCCAGGCGGGCAGCGCCCAGAGCAGCGCCGAGGUCACCGUGGAAGCACGGGAGGUGACGGUGACACAGCCGCCGCAGGACGCCGAGGCCGUGGAGGAGGGCCGCGUCAGCUUCUCCUGCGAGCUGUCCCACGAGGACGAGGAGGUCGAGUGGUCGCUCAACGGGGCGCCCGUGUACAACGACAGCUUCCACGAGAUCACGCACGAGGGCCGGCGCCACACGCUGGUGCUGAAGAGCGUGCGCCUGGCCGACGCGGGCACCGUGCGCGCGGCCUCCCCAAAGGUGUCGGCCUCCGCCCGCCUGGAGGUCCGAGCGAGGCCGGUGGUAUUCCUGAAGGCGCUGGACGACGUGUCCGCGGAGGCGCGCGGCUCCCUGGCCCUGCAGUGCGAGGUGUCCCACCCCGAGGCCCGCGUGGCGUGGCACAAGGACGGCGUGCCGCUGGGCCCCAGCGACAAGUACGACUUCCUGCACAAGGCCGGCACGCGCGGGCUCGUGGUGCACGACCUGAGCCCCGAGGACGCCGGGCUGUACACCUGCCGCGUGGGCGCAGAGGAGACGCGAGCCCAGGUCACCGUGCACGAGCUGCACGUGGGCAUAACCAAGAGGCUGAGGACGACGGAGGUGCUGGCAGGCGAGAGCUGCGCCUUCGAGUGCGUCCUGUCCCACGAGAGCACGGGCGACCCAGCCGUGUGGACGGUUGGCGGGAAGACGGUGGGCAGCUCUGGCCGCUUCCGCGCCACCUGCCAGGGCCGGAGACACCUGCUGACGGUCACUGACGCCGCGCCCGGCGACGGCGGGGAGGUGGUCUUCUCCGUGGGGGGCCUCACCUCCAAGGCCUCGCUCAUCGUGAAAGAGAGGCCGGCGAACUUCACGAAGCCCCUGGAAGACCAGCGAGCCGCGCUGGGGGAGGACGCGGUGCUGCGCUGCGAGCUGUCUCGCGCAGGCGCGCCCGUGCGCUGGCUGAAGGACGGCAAGGCCAUCCGCAAGGGGCAGAAGUACGACGUGCUCGUCGAGGGCACGCGGGCCGCCCUGGUCGUCCACGCGGCCUCGCUGAAGGACGCGGGCACGUACACGUGCGAGGUGGAGGGCUCCAAGAGCACAGCCCGCCUCUGCGUGGAAGAAAAGGCGAACCGGUUCACAGAGGAGCUGGCCGACCUGCACGCGGAGGAGAAGGGCACGGCCGUGUUCACCUGCAAGACGGAGCGGCCCGUGGCGGCCGUGACCUGGCGCAAGGGCCCCGCGGAGCUGCGGGCCUCGGGGAAGCACCGGCCCAGCCAGGAGGGCCUGACGCUGAGGCUCGCCAUCACCGCCCUGGAGAAGGCGGACAGCGACACCUACACCUGCGACAUCGGCCAGGCCCAGUCCCGCGCCCGGCUCCUGGUGCGAGGCCAGAGCGUGCGCAUCAUCGAGGACCUCGAGGACGAGGACGUGCAGGAGGGCGCCUCGGCCACCUUCCGCUGCCGGGUCUCCCCGGCCGACUACGAGCCCGUGCACUGGUUCCUGGACCAGACGCCCCUGCACCCCAACGAGCUCAACGAGAUCGAGGCCCAGCCCGGGGGCUACCACGUGCUGACGCUGCGGCAGCUUGCGCUCAAGGACUCGGGCACCGUCCACUUCGAGGCAGGCGACCAGCGGGCGUCCGCCGCCCUGCGGGUCUCCGAGAGGCCGAGCGUCUUCUCUCGGGAGCUCACGGACGCCACCAUCACCGAGGGCGAGGACCUGACCCUCACAUGUGAGACCAGUGUCCCCGACAGCCCCGUGUGCUGGACCAAGGACGGGAAGGCCCUGCGGCCAUCCGCCCGGUGUCAGCUGAGCUACGAGGGCCGCCGGGCCCAGCUGGUCCUCAGCGAGGCCACUCCGCAGGACAGCGGCCGCUACAAGUGCGAGGCCCGGGGUGCCUGCUGCAGCGCCAUCGUCAGGGUCCACGCCCGGCCGGUGCGGUUCCGAGAGGCCCUGAAGGACCUGGAGGUGCCGGAGGGUGGAGCUGCCACGCUGCACUGCGUCCUGUCGUCUGUGGCCGCGCCCGUGGAGUGGCGGCGCGGGGACAGCGUCCUCAGGCCGGAUGAGAAGUACAGUCUGCGCCAGGAGGGCGCUGUGCUGGAGCUGGUGGUGCGGGACCUGCGGCCCCAGGACGGCGGGCGGUACUCCUGCUCCUUCGGGGACCAGGUGACGUCGGCCACGCUCGUCGUGAAAGCCCUGCCCGCCCAGUUUGUAGGGAGGCUGAGAAGCAAGGAGGCCAUGGAAGGGGCCACGGCCUCGCUGCGGUGUGAGCUGAGCAAGGCGGCCCCCGUGGAGUGGAGGAAGGGGGCCGAGACCCUCAGAGAUGGGGACAGAUACAGCAUGAGGCAGGACGGGACCACGUGUGAGCUGCAGAUCCGUGGCCUGGCCGUGGCGGACGCCGGGGAGUACUCGUGCGUGUGCGGGCAGGAGCGGACCUCGGCCACUCUCACCAUCAGGGCCCUGCCUGCCCACUUCACAGGAAGACUGAGAAACCAAGAGGCCAUGGAAGGGGCCACGGCCACGCUGCGGUGUGAGCUGAGCAAGGCGGCCCCCGUGGAGUGGAGGAAGGGGCCCGAGACCCUCAGAGAUGGGGACAGAUACAGCCUGCGGCAGGACAGGGCCACGUGUGAGCUGGAGAUCCGUGGCCUGGCCGUGGCAGAUGCCGGGGAGUACUCGUGCGUGUGCGGGGAGGAGCGGACCUCGGCCAGGCUCACCGUCAGGGCCCUGCCCGCCAGGUUCAUAGAAGACAUGAGCAACCAGGAGGCCACGGAAGGGGCCACGGCCACGCUGUGGUGUGAGCUGAGCAAGGCGGCCCCUGUGGAGUGGAGGAAGGGGACAAAGACCCUCAGAGAUGGGGACAGAUACAGCGUGAGGCAGGAUGGGACCCGAUGUGAACUGCAAAUCUGUGACCUGGCCGUGGCAGAUGCUGGGGAGUACUCGUGCGUGUGCGGGCAGGAGAGGACCUCAGCCACGCUCACCGUCAGGGCCCUGCCCGCCAGGUUCAUAGAAGACAUGAGCAACCAGGAGGCCACGGAAGGGGCCACGGCCACGCUGUGGUGUGAGCUGAGCAAGGCGGCCCCUGUGGAGUGGAGGAAGGGGACAAAGACCCUCAGAGAUGGGGACAGAUACAGCGUGAGGCAGGACGGGACCCAGUGUGAGCUACAGAUCCACGGCCUGGCCGUGGCAGAUGCCGGGGAGUACUCGUGCGUGUGCGGGCAGGAGAGGACCUCGGCCACGCUCACCGUCAGGGCCCUGCCCGCCAGAUUCACAAGAGACAUGAGCAACCAGGAGGCCACGGAAGGGGCCACAGCCUUGCUGCGGUGUGAGCUGAGCAAGGCGGCCCCCGUGGAGUGGAGGAAGGGGUCUGAGACCCUCAGAGAUGGGGACAGGUACAGCCUGAGGCAGGACGGGACCACGUGUGAGCUGCAGAUCCGUGGCCUGGCCGUGGCGGAUUCCGGCGAGUACGCAUGCAUGUGCGGGCAGGAGAGGACCUCAGCCACACUCACCGUCAGGGCCCUGCCCGCCAAGUUCACAGAGGGUCUAAGGAACGAAGAGGCCACAGAAGGGGCCAUGGCCACUCUGCGGUGUGAGCUGAGCAAGGCGGCCCCCGUGGAGUGGAGGAAGGGGCCCGAGACCCUCAGAGAUGGGGACAGAUACAGCCUGAGACAGGACGGGGCCACGUGUGAGCUGCAGAUCCGUGGCCUGGCCGUGGCAGAUGCCGGGGAGUACUCGUGCGUGUGCGGCGAGGAGCGGACCUCGGCCAGGCUCACUGUGAAGGCCCUGCCCGCCAGGUUCAUAGAAGAUGCGAAAAACCAGGAGGCCACGGAAGGGGCCACAGUCACCCUGCGGUGUGAGCUGAGCAAGGCGGCCCCCGUGGAGUGGAGGAAGGGGCCCGAGACCCUCAGAGAUGGGGACAGAUACAGCGUGAGGCGGGAUGGGACGCAGUGUGAGCUGCAGAUCCGUGGCCUGGCCGUGGCAGAUGCUGGGGAGUACUCGUGCGUGUGCGGGGAGGAGCGGACCUCGGCCACACUCACCGUUAGGGCCCCCCAGGUGCUGUUCCGGGAGCCCCUGCAGAGCCUGCAGGCCGAGGAGGGCUCCGCCGCCUGCCUGCGCUGCGAGUUGUCGGCGCCGGCCGCCGUGGUCUGGAGCAAGGGCGGCCUGGAACUGGCGGCGGACGCGCGCAGGGAGCUGCGGCUGCGCGGCUGCACCGCGGCGCUGCUGCUGCGGGACGUGCGGCGCGAGGACGCGGGCGAGUACACCUGCGCCUGCGGCUCCCAGGCCACCAGCGCCACGCUCACCGUCACGGCUGCGCCCGUGCGCUUCCUCCGCGAGCUGGAGGCGCAGGAGGUGGCGGAGGGCGGCACCGCGCGCCUGCACUGCGAGCUGAGCCGCCCCGGCGCGGGCGUGGAGUGGCGCAAGGGCUCCCUGCAGCUCUUCCCCUGCGCCAAGUACCAGAUGGUGCAGGAGGGCGCGGUGGCCGAGCUGCUGGUGCGCGGCGCGGAGCCAGAGGACGCGGGAGAGUACACCUGCGACACGGGCCUCGCGCAGAGCACGGCCACCCUGUCCGUCCACGCCUCCAGGCCCCAGUUCAAGGCGGGGCUGCAGCCCGUGGAGCAGGAGGCAGGCGGCGUGGCGCGGCUGUGCUGUCAGCUCGGCCAGGAGGAGCCAGCGGCCCCAGUGCAGUGGCUGAAGGAGGGCGUGGAGCUGCACUCGGGCCCCAAGUAUGAGAUGCGGAGCCAGGGGACCACGUGUGAGCUGCUGGUCCACGGGCUGGAGGCCAAGGACACCGGCGAGUACGCCUGCGUGGUGGGUGGCCAGAAAACCGUGGCCUCCCUCAGGGUCAAAGAGCCUGAGGUGACCAUCGUUCGGGGUCUGGUCGACGAGGAGGUGCAGGUGGACAAGGACGUGAAGUUCAGCUGUGAGGUGUCACGGGCUGGGGCCACGGACGUGCAGUGGCGACUCCAGGGCCUGCCGCUGCAGAGCAAUGAGGUGACAGAGGUGGCCGUGCAGGAUGGCCGAAUCCACACGCUCUGGCUGAAGGGCGUGACCCCUGAGGAUGCCGGCACCAUCUCCUUCCACGUCGGCAGCCACACGUCCUCUGCCCAGCUCACCGUCAGAGCCCCCGAGGUGACCAUCCUGGAGCCCCUGCGGGAUGUGCAGCUCAGUGAGGGCCAGGACGCCCGCUUCUGGUGCCGGCUGUCCAGGGCCUCCGGCCAGGAGCCCCGCUGGGCCUUGGGUGGGGUACCCUUGCAGGCCAAUGAGAUGAACGACAUCACGGUGGAGCCGGACAACCUCUACUUGCUCACCCUGCACAAGGUCACCCUCGAGGAUGCUGGAACCAUCAGUUUCCAAGUGGGCUCGUGUAGCUCUGAGGCCCAGCUGAAGGUCACAGCCAAGAACACAGUGGUGCGCGGGCUGGAGAACGUGGAGGCGCCCGAGGGCGGUGAGGCGCUGUUCGAGUGCCAGCUGUCCCAGCCGGAGGUGGCCGCCCACACCUGGCUGCUGGACGACGAGCCGGUGCGCACCUCUGAGAACGCCGAGGUGGUCUACUUCGAGAACGGCCUGCGGCACCUGCUCCUGCUCAAAAACCUGCGGCCGCAGGACAGCUGCCGGGUGACCUUCCUGGCCGGGGACAUGGUGACUUCUGCCUUCCUCACGGUCAGAGGCUGGCGCCUGCAGGUCCUGGAGGCCCCGCGGGACGCAGCGGUGCUCGCUGGGGCGCAGGCCAGCUUCAGCUGCACGCUCAGCGAGGCGGUGCCCGUGGGCGACGCAUGCUGGUACAUCAACGGGGCCGCGGUGCAGCCGGACGACGCCGACUGGACAGUCACCGCGGACGGCAGCCACCACGCCCUGCUGCUGCGCAGAGCCCGGCCGCACCACGCGGGGGAGGUCACCUUUGCCUGCCGCGACGCCCUGGCCUCCGCGCGGCUCACCGUGCUGGGCCUCCCUGACCCCCCAGAGGACGCUGAGGUGGUGGGCCGCAGCAGCCACUCUGUGACGCUGUCGUGGGUGGCUCCCACGAGUGACGGAGGUGCUGGUCUCUGCGGCUACCGUGUGGAGGUGAAGGAGGGGGCCACGGGCCAGUGGCGGCUGUGCCACGAACUGGUGCCUGGGCCCGAGUGCGCGGUGGACGGCCUGGCCCCUGGGGGGUCCUACCGCUUCCGUGUGGCCGCUGUGGGCCCAGCGGGCGCCGGGGAGCCGGUGUACCUGCCCCAGACGGUCCGGCUCGAGCCGCUGACGCCCGUGCCACCUGCGCCCGCGGCCCCGGAGACGCGGCAGGCAGCGGACGGCGACGACGUGUGCCUGGAGCUAGAGGUGGCAGCCGAGGCCGGCGAGGUGGUCUGGCACAGGGGCACGGAGCGCAUCCAGCCAGGCGGGCGCUUCGAGGUGGUCUCCCAGGGACAGCGGCAGAUGCUGGUGAUCAGGGGCUUCACGGCGGAAGACCAGGGCGAGUACCGCUGCGUCCCUACCCAGGGUCCUGCCUGCACCCCGGCUGCCACGUUCCAGGUGGUGCUGAACCCCGCGUCCGGGGAUGAGGCCCCGCUGCAGCCCAGCCUGCCCCCCGAGGCUGCCCAGGAGGGCGAUCUGCACCUGCUGUGGGAGGCCCUGGCCCGGAAGCGCCGCAUGAGCCGCGAGCCCACACUGGACUCCAUCAGCGAGCUGCCCGAGGAGGACGGCCGCUCGCCCCGCCCGCGGCAGGAGGUGGAGGAGGCAGCCCCCGACCUCUCCGAGGACUACUCCACGGCCGACGAGCUGGCGCGCACCGGAGAGGCUGACCUCUCGCACACCAGCUCUGACGACGAGUCCCGGGCGGGGACCCCUUCCCUGGUUGGCUACCUCAAGAAGGCUGGGAAGCCCGGCACCUCACCGCUGGCCAGCAAGGUUGAGGCCCCAGCAGCCCCCUCCACGAAGCCACAGAAGCAGCAGGAGCGGCUGCCUGCCAUGUUCCCACUGCCGGGGGACCUGGGUGCCAAGGACCUGGGUGAGCCCUCCAUGGACAAGGCGGCCGUGAAGAUCCAGGCUGCCUUUAAGGGCUACAAGGUCCGGAAGGAGAUGAAGCAGCAGGAAGGGCCAGUGUUCUCCCGCACAUUCGGGGACACUGAGGCACAGGUGGGCGACGCCCUGCGGCUGGAGUGCGUGGUGUCCAGCAAGGCAGACGUGCGGGCCUGUUGGCUGAAGGACGGCACGGAGCUGAGGGACGGGCGGCACCACCACAUCGACCAGCAGCGGGACGGCACUUGCUCUCUGCUGGUCACCGGCGUGGGCCGCGCCGACGCUGGCCGCUACACCUGUCAGGUGAGCAACCAGUUUGGCCGGGCAGCCCACAGCGCCUGCGUGGUGGUCAGCGGGACGGAGAGCGAGGCCGAGAGCUCGUCGGGCGGCGAGCUGGACGACGCCUUCCGCCGGGCCGCCCGGAGGCUGCACCGGCUCUUCCGCGCCAAGGGCCCCGCCGAGGUGUCGGACGAGGAGCUCUUCCUCAGUGCCGACGAGGGCCCCGCGGAGCCCGAGGAGCCUGCGGACUGGCAGACGUACCGCGAGGACGAGCAUUUUGUCUGCAUCCGUUUUGAGGCGCUGCCCGAGGCCCGCCGGGCAGUCACGCGCUUCCAGGAGAUGUUCGCCACGCUGGGCAUCGGGGUGGAGAUCAGCCUCUCGGAGCAGGGGCCCCGCGGGGUGGAGAUGCGCAUCGGCAAGGUGGCCCCCGCCCCCGCGGCGCCCCAGGAGCCCGUGCCCAGCCUGCUGACUGCCGAUGCAGCCGCCCCGGUGUUCCUGACCGAGCUGCAGAACCAGGAAGUGCAGGACGGGUACCCCGUGAGCUUUGACUGCGUGGUGACGGGCCAGCCCCUGCCGGGCGUGCGCUGGUUCAAGGACGGGAAGCUGCUGGAGGAGGACGACCACUACAUGAUCAACGAGGACCAGCAGGGCGGCCACCAGCUCAUCAUCACGGCCGUGGUGCCCGCGGACAUGGGCGUCUACCGCUGCCUGGCCGAAAACAGCGUGGGCGUGUCCUCCACCAAGGCUGAGCUCCGGGUGGACCUGACGAGCACAGACUACGAGACUGCAGCCGACGCCACGGAGACCUCGUCCUACUUCAGCGCCCAAGGCUACCUGUCCAGCCGGGAGCAGGAGGGGACGGAGUCGACCACGGACGAGGGCCAGCUGCCCCAGGUGCUGGAGGAGCUGAAAGACCUCCAGGUGGCCCCUGGCACGCGCCUGGCCAAGUUCCAGCUCAAGGUGAAAGGCUACCCGGCACCCACGCUGUACUGGUUCAAAGAUGGCCAGCCCCUGACCGCCUCUGCCCGCGUCCGCAUGGCCGACAAGAAGACCCUGCACACCCUGGAGAUUGUCUCGGUCACGCGGGAGGACACGGGCCAGUACUCGGCCUACGUCAGCAACGCUGUGGGCGCCGCCUACUCCUCUGCCCGGCUGCUGGUGCGAGGUCCUGACGAGCCAGAAGAGAAGCCAGCGCCAGAUGCUCGUGAGCAGCUGGUGCCGCCCCGCAUCCUGGAGAGGUUCACGCCCAAGACGGUGAAGAAGGGCUCCAGCAUCACCUUUUCCGUGAAGGUGGAAGGCCGCCCGGCCCCCGCGGUGCACUGGCUCCGGGAGCAGGCCGGGAGGGGCGUGCUGUGGAUCGGCCCCGACACGCCGGGCUACACGGUGGCCAGCUCCGCCCAGCAGCACAGCCUGGUCCUGCUGGACGUGGGCCGCCAGCACCAGGGCACCUACACCUGCAUUGCCACCAACGCCGCCGGCCAGGCGCUCUGCUCCGCCGGCCUGCACAUCUCCGGCCUGGCCAAGGAGCAGGAGCAGGAGCAGGUGAAGGAGGCGCUUCUCUCCACCUUCCUGCAGGGGACGACGCAGGCCAUCUCGGCACAGGUGGCGGAGCCUGUGGGUCUGGCGGGCCUUGCCGGGCAGCGGAAAGGAGAGCUUCUGGUGGCCGAGGAGGGCCGCAGCCACCGGUCCCUCGCCGAGGUGGGCACGGAGGCGUUCCUGCAGAAACUCACCUCGCAGAUCACCGAGAUGGUGUCGGCCAAGAUCACGCAGGCCAAGCUGCAGGUGCCGGGCGGUGACAGCGACGAGGAGUCCAGGACGCCGUCCGCGUCCCCGAGGCACGGCCGCUCGCGGCCCCCCUCCAGCGCCCAGGAAUCCUCCUCGGAGUCGGAGGACGGCGACCCCCGAGGGGAGAUCUUUGACAUCUACGUGGUGACGGCCGACUACCUGCCCCUGGGCGCCGAGCCAGACGCCAUCACGCUGCGGGAGGGCCAGUACGUGGAGGUGCUCGACUCAGCCCACCCGCUGCGCUGGCUCGUGCGCACCAAGCCCACCAAGUCCAGCCCGUCACGGCAGGGCUGGGUGUCGCCCGCCUACCUGGACAAGAGGCUCAAGCUGUCGCCUGAGUGGGGGCCCACUGAGGCCCCCGAGUUCCCUGGGGAGGCCGUGUCUGAAGACGAGUACAAGACCAGGCUGAGCUCGGCCAUCCGGGAGCUGCUGAGCUCGGAGCAGGCGUUCGUGGACAAGCUGCAGUUCCUGCAGAGCCACCACAUGCAGCACCUGGACCGCUGCCCCCACACGCCCGCGGCCGUGGCCAGCCAGAAGGCCGUCAUCUUCCGCAACGUGCAGGACAUCAGCCGCUUCCACAGCAGCUUCCUGCAGGAGCUGCAGCAGUGCGGCACGGACGACGACGUGGCCAUGUGCUUCAUCAAGAACCAGGCGGCCUUCGAGCAGUACCUGGAGUUCCUGGUGGGCCGGGUGCAGGCCGAGUCGGCGGUGCUCAGCACGGCCGUGCAGGAGUUCUACAAGAAGUACGCAGAGGAGGCACUGUUGCCCGGGGACCCCUCGCAGCCACCAUUGCCGCCGCUGCAGCACUACCUGGAGCAGCCGGUGCAGCGCGUGCAGCGGUACCAGGCCCUGCUGAAGGAGCUGAUCCGCAACAAGGCCCGCAGCGGGCAGAACUGCGCGCUGCUGGAGCAGGCCUACGCCGUGGUGUCCGCCCUGCCGCAGCGCGCCGAGAACAAGCUGCACGUCUCGCUCAUGGAGAACUACCCGGGCACCCUGGAGGCCCUGGGCGAGCCCAUCCGCCAGGGCCACUUCAUCGUGUGGGAGGGCGCGCCGGGGGCCCGCAUGCCCUGGAAGGGCCACAACCGCCACGUCUUCCUCUUCCGCAACCACCUGGUGAUCUGCAAGCCCCGGCGGGACUCGCGCACCGACACCUUCAGCUACGUGUUCCGGAACAUGAUGAAGCUGAGCAGCGUGGACCUGAACGACCAGGUGGAGGGGGACGACCGGGCCUUCGAGGUGUGGCAUGAGCGUGAGGACUCGGUGCGCAAGUACCUGCUGCAGGCGCGCACCGUCAUCACCAAGAACGCCUGGGUGAAGGAGAUCUGCGGCAUCCAGCAGCGCCUGGCCCAGCCCGUGUGGCGGCCCCCGGAUUUCGAGGAGGAGCUGGCCGACUGCACGGCCGAGCUGGGCGAGACGGUGAAGCUGGCCUGCCGCGUCACGGGCACCCCCAAGCCCGUUGUCAGCUGGUACAAAGACGGCAAGCCGGUGGAGGUGGACCCGCACCACAUCCUCAUCGAGGACGCCGACGGCUCCUGCGCCCUCAUCCUGGACACCCUGACGGGCGCGGACUCCGGCCAGUACAUGUGCUUCGCGGCCAGCACCGCCGGCAACGCCAGCACGCUGGGCAAGAUCCUUGUGCAAGUGCCCCCUCGGUUCGUGAAGAAGGUGCAGGCGGCUCCCUUCGUGGAGGGCGAGGACGCCCAGCUCACCUGCACCGUGGAAGGCGCCCCGGCCCCCCAGAUCAGGUGGUACAAGGACGGCGCCCCGCUGGCGCCUGGCGGCAAGUACCGCGUGCUGAGCGAGCCCCGCAGCGGCGUCCUGGUGCUGGGGAUCCGGGCGGCCAGCAAGGAGGACCUGGGCUACUACGAGUGUGAGCUGGUGAACCGGCUGGGGUCCACGCGAGGCGGCGCGGACCUGUGCAUGCAGAGCCCCGCGGUGAGGGCCCGGGAGCAGCGCCACCGCCAGCAGCUCGUGGCCGCCGUGGAAGUCACUGAGCAAGAGACUAAAGUCCCCAAGAAAACCGUCAUCAUAGAAGAGACCAUCACCACGGUGGUGAAGAGCCCCCGCAGCCGGCGGCACUCCCCCAGCAAGUCCCCCUCCCGCUCGCCUUCGCGCCGCCCCACCAGCCCCUCCAGGCCGGGCCUGAGGGCCGCCAACCUGCCGUCCCUGCGGGGGGCCGCCCAGCCCCGCAGGCCCGAGGCGGAGCCGGGCCAGAAGCGCACGGUGCCCACGCUGUUCGUGACGGAGCCCGAGGCCCUGCCGGGGGGCGCGGGGGCCCCGCCCCGGUGGGUGGAGGUGGAGGAGACCGUCGAAGUGCGGGUGAAGAAGACGGGCCCUCGGGGUGCGCCUCCCGCCGGGGAGGAGCCGCCCUUCCCGCCGCCCGGCGGGGACCCCAACUCCAACAACUCCAACAACAAGCAGCUGGGCCCAGCCCUGGCCCGCGUCGGGGAGCCCCUGGUCCUUCGAGUGGACGCCGGGCGCGGCGUGGGCUGGGCCGAGGCGGGCAGGGGCGGCCACGAUCUGCAGGAAGAGGCCGGGGCACCCCUCGAGGAGCUGGGAGGGCAGGCCGAGGGCGAGGAUGAGGAGGCCGCGGUCGUCAUGCCGGAGGAGCCCCCGGACGCCGGCGGCCUCGGGGCCCGCGCCCUCAAGGUCCUCACGCGUGACGGGCGCGCGCUGACACUGGCCGACCUGGAGGACUACGUGCCCGGGGAGGGCGAGACCUUCGGCUGUGCCGGCCCGGCUGCGCCCCGCGCCCCCGAGGAGCCGCCCUGCGAGGUCGCCGUGAUCCAGAGGGAGAUCCGGGAGCCCACCGUGGGCCGGCCCGUGCUGCUCAGCCUGGGCCGCGUGCCCGGCCCCUUCGGGCCUGAGCCCCCCAGGGGGCCGUGGCCGCCGCCAUCCGGGCUCCCAGCCCAAGGACCCGAGGCUGCGUCCUUCCUCCUGCGGGAGGCCCAGGCCGGGCCCGCCGGCGCCGCCACCCCCCGCACGCAGUCCUUCUGCACCCGGGUCCGGCGCUCUGCGGCCAGCGGCCAGAGCAGCUUCGCCACGGAGCUCUCCACGCAGACGGUCGGCUUCGGGACCGUGGGCGAGACCGUCACGCUGCACAUCCGCCCGGGCGGCCGGGAGGCGGCCACACGCCCUUGAAGCUGCUGCCAUCCCGGCCGGCCGGCAGGGAGAGGGGACAUGGGGUGCCCAGGACGUUGCCCGCACCCGCAGGGAGCCCGUCCGCCCGCCCACCCGUCCGCCCGCCCGGGCCCUGCUACCUCUCUGCACUGGGACUUCCGCCGGGAGGGUGGACGCAGCGUCUCAGGCAAUGUGGGGAUGCUCAGGGGCGCCUCAGAGACCCCGGCUCUGGACCCUUAACCCUCUGGACUGGCCUUGGGGGCUCGGGACACAGACGUGGACUCGGACAUCCGUCCCGUCCCCCUGGGGGCCCCGCUGGCCCGGCCGCGCACCGCCUGGCCCCUCCCGCAGGCUGGGGGCUGAGACCCGGGCAGGGUGCGCCCCUGCGCUGCAGACCCAGCCGGCCCCUCGCGGGUGGACGGGGGCUGUGGGGGCGACGCCCGCUCGACAGCAACAAUAAACCGGCUCCUGCACCCUG